AUGUUCUCGGAGCUCGACUCUCUCCGGUCCCAGCUGCAUGCAGUCUCCUCCGUACCCCACCAGAGCUCCGUCGGCACCGACUCCUCCGUCGGUGGCCAGAUGGACGCCUUCUCCAGCGAGCUGACUCCGGCCCCCAACACCGCGACGGGCUCGUGGAUGGCGCCGUCGAACCCCCUCCAGGGACCGUCGCCCACCACCUUUACGCAGUCCCAGAUCCAGACCAGCACGAGCCCUGCCACCGUCGGUUCCUUCCACCCCUUUCCGGCCGCUACCGGCAAGAGAAAGCGGUCUCAUUUCGAGAUACAGCCCGUGUCUGCGCCCGACUUCGUCUCGACCGGGCUGGUAUCUGUAGAGGACGCCGAGCAGUACUUCAACACCUUCUUCCAGGGAUGCCACCAGUACGUGCCCAUCUUCGACCCGCAGUUCGACUCCAUCGAGAGCAUCCGCAGCCGGAGCGGUGUCCUGUUCAGCACCAUCUGCGCCACCGGCUGUCGCAUACUCAGGGGGAGCGACUCCAACUCCUGGCAUCAGCUCAACUUUCAUCUCAAGAUACUUCUCAACGCCGUCAUCGGCACCUCGGACAGGUCCCUGGAGGUGAUACAGGCACUGCUCGUCCGGGCUUGCUACGUGUCGGAACGAUCGCUCCUCGUCACCCUGGCCGCUCGCCUGGCUAUCGAGGCCGGCCUCCCCGAGGCGUACGAUGAGAUGAGCACGAGCUACCUGCCCCUGUCCUCCGGCUCCGGGUCGAAUCUGGCGGACGAGGAGAACAUGCUGCGCAAGACGCGGACGUGGCUCCACCUCCUCAACCUCGGCCACAUCCUCCACGUCGACGCAGGAGACCUGCUCACCUUCAAGUUCCGCGGCGACGUGCGGAGAGUCAGGGUCCUGCUCGAGAGCUCGCUGUCCACCGACCUAGACCUCCACCUCAUCUCUCAGGUCGAGCUCAACGUUCUCCGGGCCAGCUCGCAGGCCUCCCUGUCGAACCACUGCAGCCACUCGGACGACGAGAUCAUGGAGGUUGUGCGGGACGCCCAGAUCGACAUUGACGUGUGGUUCAACGACUGGCUGCGCAUCUUCGAGCGCGCCCCCUCCCAGCAGAAGCGCUGGCUCAGCCAGCAGCUGCGCAUCCAGCGCUGCUGGGCCGUCACCAUGGCCCUGUGCCGCUCCGUCCGGGUGUCGGGCAUCGAGAACGUCGACGCCAUGUCCCCCACGCAGCGGCACAUCCUCCGCAUGGCCAAGGGCGCGCUCAAGCAGCAUCUGCAGAUCAUCAUCGAGGAGCCGCGCGAUUACCUGCGCAAUCUGCGCUUCGCAAUGGACUUUCUCUCCAUGCUUCUCGGUGACGAGGACGAGGCAGCCAGCCGCAGACUCAUCGGCGUCGGUCAGAUCCUCCUCGCCGAGCUGCAAGCCUCUAGCGGGAACGGGAACGGGAGCGGGAGCGGGAGCGGGAGCGGGAACGGAGGAGGUGCGGCCAGAAGCGGCCAGCGCAGCCGCGCCAACACGGGCCGGGUGUAUCUCCAGCUCCUGCAGACAGGAAUCGAGAAGUUCAGCCGCACAGUCCUACACGAGAACGUGGCCCUCCAUACCACCGACACGGGGGCCAACACUCCGACAUCAGGAGGAGCGCAGCAGCAGCAGCAGCAACCGCCACGGGCGCCGGGGGACCACAACGAGCUCGAGUCGUUUGUACCUGAGCAGUUUGUCUUCGAGUGGGACUUCCCAGGGCUGACGCUAUUUUCCUCGCCGACGACCGACGCAGGCUGGUUGGAUGACUUCUUGAGGAGUUCCCUCAUCGGAGGAGAGGAUCUAUUCGGUCUGCCGUGGAAUUCAGAAGAAGGUGACAGUUGA